AUGGGCUACCUAGAGGAAGGCAGAGUAUUGAAAUCCGAAAAUGGCAAAACCUAUCUAGCGGUCAGCAGCCUCGGACAAUCAAACGUCUGGACCGGCGUUGAGGACACAGGGACCGAAAAAGACAACUUCAGCAACGUCGUGGUGCUCAAAGCCCCCUCUGAAGAAGACGAGCAGGAUACUUGGCCACAAUUCGUCCACGAAAUGAUCAUGCACGAGCUUUUCAAGGAGGCUCCCCACAUCCGCAAACAGAUCGAUCGCAUCCCCCCUGUCAAAGAGAACAGCUCGCCUCCUGUUCUCAUAUUGGAGAUGUUCCAGAUGACACUAUGGCAAGCUCGAGCGAAGCGACCUCUAUCCCGCCUGGAGAUUGCAGCCAUUGUGAAGGGGAUUCUGGAAGCUUUGCAGGUAAUCCACGCAAAUGGCUUAGUCUACAGCGACUUCAAGAUGGAGAAUGUGAUGGUAAAUGGCUUCGACCCACAUGCACAAUCCCAUGGAAGUUGCCUCUCCGUCAAGCUUGGAGACCUCGGGACAGUCAUGUAUCCUGCCAGUGGGACCGCCCAACCCGUUGCGUAUCGGGCCCCUGAGGUGUUCUUCAAGGAGGAAAUCACAUCAGCGGCGGACAUCUGGGCUGUUGGUUUAAUAUACUCGCACCUCCUCGAAGCACGAAGCAACUUCUCGGAAACUGGCUUGUACGAUGAUCUGCAUUCUAGUUCUGGCCUGAUGGAUGAGCGAAUCCAGGCGAUGAGACACGCUCUCGCAAACGAUUACGAUCUGAGAAAUGUCCCCUACUACAAAGACUGCAUCCUACCACAUCGCGACGAAGAUCACGCACAUGGAAAUCACUGGGAGAGCCUGCGGAAGAAGGGCAUGGAAGAGCUAGAUGUGACAUUCCUGCAGAGGAUUUUGAAGGCAAAUCCAAAGGAAAGACCGUCAGCCAAAGCGAUCUUGAACAGUCAAUGGUUUUCCGGUGGGCUUCUGGCGAGAGAGUUUUUGGAGGUGGUGACUGAUGGAGCCUCUGAUCGGCUGCCGUGGCCGGAUAUACCUGAACGAUUAAAUCUGGUUGAAACAUGA